UCUGUUCCCUCUCCAGAAGGAUCGCGGGAGCGAUGCGACGUCUUGGAGGAGGAGGAAGAGGAGACGAACUGGCCAAAGAUCAGCAGCAGCAGCAGCCACCUGCGAGGGAGAUCUGAGUUUUCUUGUCUGAACAUCAAAGGUUUCUCUUGGUCAUCACUAUGACUGAUGGGGAUUAUGACUACCUGAUAAAGCUCCUUGCCCUGGGAGACUCUGGUGUGGGGAAGACAACAUUCUUGUACCGAUACACAGAUAACAAAUUCAACCCCAAGUUCAUCACCACAGUCGGCAUCGACUUCAGGGAAAAAAGAGUGGUGUACACGGCUUCCAACCCCAAUGGAAUGACCGCAGGAAAAACCUUCAAGGUUCACCUCCAGCUCUGGGACACAGCUGGACAGGAGAGGUUCCGCAGUCUGACUACAGCGUUCUUCAGAGAUGCCAUGGGGUUCCUGCUGAUGUUUGAUCUCACCAGCCAGCAGAGUUUCCUCAAUGUCAGAAACUGGAUGAGCCAGCUGCAAGCCAACGCCUACUGUGAGAACCCGGACAUAGUGUUGGUUGGAAACAAGGCAGACCUGGCUGACCAGCGUGAGGUUCAAGAAAAACAAGCCAAGGAACUGGCAGACAAAUACGGGAUCCCAUAUUUCGAGACCAGCGCCGCCACCGGGGUGGAGGUGGAAAAGUCUGUGAUCACGCUGUUGGACCUGGUCAUGAAGAGAAUGGAGCAGUGUGUGGACAAACCGCCUUCGGAGGCUUCCAAUGGCACGGGGACCUCAAAGCUCGCCGCCCCGCAAGCCGAUGAGAAGAAAUGUGCAUGCUAAAGCGCAAGAGCUCGUUCAGGAAGAGACUAAGCGUACUCUCUUCUUGCCGCACUUUCUUAGUCUUUCCUCAUCUUCGCUUGCAUGCCUCUUUGGUGUCAUGUUAUUCAUCUCCUUUAUUUCACUUCUCUCAUUAUCGCUCCCACCAUUUAAUUCUGUUGCCAAAUUACACCAUGGAGCGGAAUUAACUCUUGUUUUUUCUCCAAGGGUUUUUCAAGGUACUGCAGUCUGAUAACGUAAGCCUGAGUUCACUUUUAGGUGAAGUUUGGAGUCAAGGUCAGACAUUUACUGUUCCUCAUUCCUCCCACAUUUUACCAGUCUGGUGCGUAUCUCAGCUUCUGAGAGGUUUUGCGUUAAAUGGAUUGUUUUCAUCAUUUUCUGAAACGUGACUUCCUUUUUUUGGUUGGCUUUCAAAGAACAUUCCAUUGUCAGAUUGAACAACUUCUCCCCCCCAAUCUAUAUUUGUUGAAGCAUUUCAUUGUUUUGUGCCCUACCUUUUUUUUUUUUUUCUUUCUUUUUUGACACUGUAUUGAUGAUAUCCAUGGUUUGGUCUUCUUCACUCUGUUGAAAUUUUCAUGGCAUGCUCGACAUACUAGUUCGCCAUAGUCUUGGGCCUCCACAAGUUUUGUUGUUUUAAAAAGGUUUUCGUUCAAAAAUUGCUGAAACUCCUCAAACUUAGAGGGCUGCAUCACAUUUUGGCUGGAGAUAUACUCUAUAUCAUCAAUAUUGUCAAAUAGAGAUUUAGAAAAAUAUAUAUAUUAUCGAGCUAUACAUAUUGUACAGUGCAACUGUGCUAAAACUACAGAUCUAAUGGUGGUCCAAGACUUGUAUUCCAUGUACUGUGCAUGUUUACCUUUUAUAUGUAGGGUUAGAGUUAGGGUUGCAUUUGUUUUCAUAAAUUGUCAUCUGAAAAGUGUUUUAUGUCUAUAAAUUGUACCGGGGGGGGGGGGGGGGGGUGAGAUGUUGUUCAAAGCAAAUUCAUCUGGAUAUACGGUACAUGUGUAUCACUGGAGAGUGACAAAAUUAUGCCUUUCGCUAAUGACUACUAGCCAUCAGGUCAUUUU